ACCCCUUGGAACUGGAGUUUCAGACAUCUAUGAGCUGCCAUGUGGCUACUGGGAACUGAACCCUGGUCUUCUGGAAGAGGAGAAAGUGCUCUUCAGGACUCAGUCAUCUCUCCAACCCACAAAAAAAGCUCUUAAUACUUGGCCACAGAUGUGAGAAGCGACCACAAGAGUGUACAAGCUGAGGAAGAUGCAGCCCUGACAAGAUUCAGAAAGUUCUCUCCCAGAGUUAGUGAAUGAGAGCUGAAGCUGUGCCUUGCACUCUGCUUGGUGCUGGAAUCCCAGCACUCUGAAACUCGAGGCAGGAGAAUUGCUGUGAACUGCAAGCCUAUUAGAGCAAAGAAUAAGAAGGAACUUUUGUUUUGUUUAUGAUACAGUGUUUCUCAAUGUAGCCUUGCCUGCCCUGUAGACAAGACUGACCUGGAACACACAGAGAUCAGCCUGCCUCUGCCUCCUGAGUGCCAGGAAGAGAGAAUUUUUAAAGCCCAGGGAUAAAGAAUGCAUGACGAUCAGAGGGUGGAGCUAGCAACUAACUAACCAAUGAAGUGACAGGAAGUCAUAUUGCUGGGUGGAGAGAGGAAUGUUGGCGGGAGAAAAAAGGAAGUCGCCCUCUUUUCGGCUUGGACACUGAGGAGUUAAGGGACUCAGUGAGUGGUUCUUCUGAUACAGUUUCUUCAGUCUCAAGCUGGAGUUCAUGAACGUCACACUGACUGGAAAGCUGUGACUAUUGCCCAACAGGAAGUAGUCUUUGCUUCUUGAGGUUAGAAGGGUGGAGACAGGAGGCCUGAGAACUGUGUUUUCAUUUUCUAAGAAACGGAACCUUGGAAAAAUGGGGAAGUGGAAAGAAGGCCUUUUGCCUGGACUUGCCUUACCUCGAAGGGACAGAAGGAUCUGUGUCCUUCUCAAGCCUUGGGCCUGCAUCAGACAGCGACUGACCCUUGAUGAAUCAGGGCUUCUGGAGACUUCUUCUCUUCCAACAAUCCAACACUGUGAACUUUUUUUUAAUUCCCCGUGCAAGUUUCUUGCUCAAAUGCUCUUGGAGCUGGGAAACAUAUUGAUAUAUAAUUACAAAUAAUUAAUUCAUCCAAAAGGAGUUGUUGACAUUUUCUCUCUCUGCUAUAGCAGUGACUGGAGCAUACUCACUCAUUUUCUUACCCAGGCAGCCCCUACCUGUUCCUGACAGUCAAAGUCUAGGCUGAACCCCUACCAGCAGGCAGUUGAGGCAGGAGUGAAGCUAGGGUGGUGCUCCACAGACCAAACAAUGCACCCCUAUAGAGUCUCCAGUGAGCUGGACAUUUUGUCCCCUGUGUAUCCAAACCCAAGGUCUCUGUUGGCACUGGAAGUGACAGAGCUAAAAGGGAUAAGUAUGACCAAAGCAUGUCAUUUGUGUGUAGGAAAAUGUCACAGGAAAGCCCAAUCUUUGUAAAAUAUGUAUGCACUAAAAUAUACCCCACCUCCAACAAAACCCCUAAAAACAAAGAAACAACAACAAAACAAAAUAAAACCUUGGGUUUUCCUGAGAUUACUCACUGGGGCAAAGAGCUAGAAAACCAUGUGUUGAUGCAUUGCUGCAUUUAGUAUAAAAAGAGCCCUAAAGAAAACAAAGCAGUAGGAGCCUUGAAACUGCUUAGGGCCACUGGGGCCUUUUCUUGCAGUACCAAGUGUGUGUUGUUGGGCGCCCUCUGCCUGCACUGGUGCCAUAGCCCUCUGCAUGCCCUUCCUCCCCAGGAUGUCACUGCUCUCCUCCUCCCAUCCCUCCAGCACCUGCUCUAGAAGCCCUGGGACUUAGGCUGCAGAUGGAAGGCUGGACCUCCUGCUAAGACACUACAACCACUUCAUUUCUCUUUUAAAUUAAAUCAAAUUUCUUUCAUACAGGUAUUUACCAUAUAUGGAAAAUGUCCCUUAACCUCUACCUGUGUUGGCCCUUCUCCUUCCAUCUUUGCCCAAAUUUUCACCAUGUAGUUUCACGUCUGUUUGGGUAUUAUUGUUUUUUGAACUUGUUUUCGUCCAUUUCAAUGAGAAUUACACAAAGCACUGAAGCUCCCCAUCAUAAUUCCUGGAGUGGCUAAAUGCUCAAAGUCCAAGAGUAACACCGUUUAAUUCAUAAAACUAGUCCACUUCACAUCAUCAAGCAUUCACAUCUUGGCUGUAUGUUGGCCAGCUGCUCUCCAUUUCCGGACACCCAGAUCACACUGCCUGUCUAACUGGAUAACUGAACUGGAUAACUGGAUAACUGGAUAACUGGAAGCAUUCCAGUAUUCUGAGCUUCAAGGAACUCAGCUUCUAGGACACAGAGAAUCUUGGCUCCUUGGCAUCUUCAGAGUCUCUUCUAUCAAAGCACAGGCUGCCGAGGACUUGGAGUCACCGGAGCUGUGAACCUGAGGUCAGAAAGGAGGUGAGAAGUUAUUUGAAGAAAUAAUGCCUGGAAACUCGCCAGUGUUGGUGGAAGAUGUGGAUCCACAGACAUUCACAGAGCCAUCUGGUCAACUGCAGUGUCCAGGGGAUAUUCUCCAGGGCAGACAGCAUGCCAAGCCAGGACCUUUGAAAGAAUCAAAGAAGCCACGUCAUCUUGGAAACAGAGCCAGUGCUUGCAAAAUGAGCAUCAGCCUUGAUCAGGAGACAGACUAUGCAGAGCUGGUUCUCUCUGUAGGAGAAAUCACACUGGGAGAGAUGAAUAGGAAGUUAAUGAAAGAUACUCAACUAAGAAAACGACAGGCCAAAAUUAUCUCACAGGCUGUAUGCACUCUUCUGAAUUCUGGAGGGGGCGUGGUCAAGGCUCACAUUAAGAAUUCCAAUUACAUCUUCACCAGAGAUGGAAUAGGACUGGAAAAUUCUUUUUGUGAUAUUCUUCCACUUCCUCAGAAAUACCUAGACUACAUGCAGAACAAAGACUACUUUUUAAUUUUUGUGAAACCAUGGAACCCAGAUAUCUCUGGUCUGCGUGUCAUCACCUUGAAAACCAAUUUCUACCUGAGAAGUUUAUCAUCGUCACAUGAACUUAAAGCUCCUGAUGCAGUGAAGUUCCUCAAAGAAAGGAAGGAUACUAAAGGGAGAUCAAGACAAAGUCGGCCUGGAUCAUUUGAUUCUGAUGAAUUACAACCAGAAAGUCUUGUCAUGUUUUUUAACAUGGAAAAGCUUAUCUACGAGGAGACAUUCUGUUUCACUAAAUCCAAACAUGCUGAAGUUAAAAUGUCCCCUAAAGAAAAGAUUAAAGAAAAGAUUUUAGAGAUUCUCCCUCAGACUGUCUCUGCAUUUGCGAACACUGAAGGGGGAUAUUUGUUCAUUGGUUUAGAUUUGGAAAAAGAACAAAUAAUUGGUUUUGAAGCAGAUGAGAGUGACCUCGUGGAGCUAAAGAGUGAAAUAGAGAAGUGCAUCGGACAGCUGCCUGUCACUCACUUCUGUGAGGAGCAGGAGAAGAUAAAGUACACAUGCAAAUUCAUUCCAGUCCACAGACCAGCCACUGUGUGUUCAUAUGUCUGUGCGCUCAGAGUGGAGAGAUUCUGCUGUGCUGUGUUCGCUGCAGAGCCUGAUUCCUGGCACGUGGAAGGCAGCUGUGUGAAGAGGUUUACCACAGAGGAAUGGGUGAAGCUCCAGAUGGACACCACACCAGGGUCUUCCAAGGAAAAUGAUAAACAGACCCUUCAAUCAAGCAUCCCACCACUCUGGGCCUGUAGCUGUUUUGCUCAUGACAUCCCGGAAGUUCAGCAACAGAGGGCUCAUCUUCCAGUGGUGUUUAGAAAGGUGACAUGCUCUCCAGAAGCCCUCUUCAUGGAACAGUUCUCAGAAUAUGAGCGAUAUGAGCGGUUACUUUGGACAGAGCUGGGCUCACUUCGUCAAGGAAUGCUGGUCAUCUCUAAGACCUGGACUUUGGAUCCUGGCUCACAGGAGAAGCAGGAAGUCAUCUUGGAUAUGCUUCAUAUUUCCCAGGACAGACUCCUGACCCUGCACAGCUUUGUCCUGGGAGAUGGGGAGCUGGAAGACGACAGCACUGUUCUGAGGGAACUAGGUGCUAAGUUAAAGAACUAUUGUAAACAAACGGCACUAACUUUAAAGCAGAUGCUGGUAAAUCAUGCUGGUUACACAGGGAAAAUAGGCGUUGUGAUAAAGAUAACGUACUUGGGUCAUAGGGCCAUGUCUCUAUAUGAUUCAAGCUCAAUAAUAAGUUACCCUAGUAACUACUAUCUGACAACCAAGACAGUAAGGAACUUAAAGAAGGCUCUUGAUGAGGUCAUACGGACAGUGUGUCGACAUAAAACUACAGUGAUCAGUUUACCUCUAAAAUUUGAACAUAUAAAAUUAGAUACCUUAAUUUUUGUGGAAUGUCGUAGAUCAUUCUGCGACUCCUUGACAUGGGAAAAUGGACUAUGAUGCAAUGAUAGUUCUGAAGGUGAUAAUGUUCUCUCAUUCCAUAAAUAUAUGGAAAAUGUAUCUUUGAAUAACUUCACAGGAAUAGAAACGAAAUUCUGGGAAAGGGAUUAGUUAUUGAAUAAAGAAAUGAUAAAACAGGGCUUUAAAAAUGUGUCCCUGAGCCGGGGAUGUAGCCCAUACCUUUAAUUCCAUCACUUGGAGGAAGGCUGGUCAUCUUAGUCUACAUAGGGUGUUCCAGGACAGUCAGGGUUGUGAAAAGAGACCAUGCCUCGAAAUAAAUACAGAAGUUAAAAAAAAAAAAAAAAAACCUGUCUGACGAAAUGCAUGCUGCCUUUAAUUAUGGAAGACACUCUUCUGGAAAAGCCAGCAAAGAAAAUGGUGAAGAAGGCACUAACUACAUGCAACACUUUUUUACAUUGUUGCUGCUCAGCUGCUGCCUGUGUCACUGCUGUUACAUCUGCGAUUUGUGUGUGACAAGUCCAGCAAGGACUUUCCACAUGUCCAAUAUCACUGAGUCAAGGCCCAGUGUAUUCAAAAAGUAAAUGCAGACUGCUCACAGCAGCAUACAGUCAAUACGGAUCGUUUCCAAAAAGGUGAAAGACACAUAGACAGGAAUAUAAUUGUUUGUUCUAACUUGAAGAAAACAAUGUAUCCGUUGCUGUAAGACUUCAAAAAGUCAACUUGCCAUGCAAGUAUUCUCUAUGGGGCUAUAGCAUACGCUCCAGUUCCCAUUUGUAACAUUGUUCCCUUUUGAAGUCUUGAUAGCAUGGUUUUAUUCGUGCGAUAUCAUUCUUUUAUGGUUUGAUGUGUAUAUGUUUUAUAUUCGAAUUCUAGUAUUGUUUGUGCUGUAGAUUAACACCUGUAAGGGUAUUUACAGCAUUGAGUUUAUAUGCGAGUAUUGUGCAUUAAUUUGAAAUGUUGGUGGUCCCUUCAUAAAGGAAGCAAUGUCCUUCUGGUACAUCUUCAUUUGUGAAGGAUAAAAUUUCCAACAUUUGGACCUUAGGAGUGAUGAUAUAUGCAGUGGUACCUGUUGCGACUUUUGAUGGAGCUCAUCAAAAGCCAGGUUGACCAUCAAUCAUGAGAACUCCUAUGACAGGGGCUUUAGGCUGAGGGCUCACAGAUGCCAGUCAUCCUAUGCCAUAUUCUCUGUUUUCAUCAAUACAAUUUAUUUUUAAAAUCUACUUGAUUUUUCAUCUAAUUUUUUCUGAUAUCUGGAUCUUUCUGAAUACAAUUAUUUUGUUUGUAUCAUUCUUUGAUGAAGUUUCGUUGUAAUAUCUGGGAAGGUACAAUUACCAAAAUUUGAAUGCCAACAAAAUGUUCUGGCAACUUUUUAUGUUUCUAAAAUAAAUGAUCAUUUCAAAACA